UUAAACCUCAAACCCUGAAUUGAAGGAUUUGGGCGUAAUGGGAUUUGAAGGAAUGGAGAGUGUUCAAAACACAUUCCAAAACAUUUCCAAAGAUGUUAAAUUGUUUGCUUCUUCCGCUUUCGAGUCGAAAUCAACACCGCCGCCACCCCUUCUUCCGGUUUCUUCAUCUCUUUCUCCCGGUGUUCUAAUCACCAGACCUCCUCGAAACUGGGUUUCGAUACAGACUUGCUCAAAGCUUUGUGCGGUUUGUUUUGUUGCUGGGAUUUUUGUUGGCUACACUUUGAAGAAACGAGUCAGACGCUGGUUAUCUCGUCUUGCAAGAAGAUUGAAAGAUGACUGAAAAGGAUUUUCUUUUAUUCUGAUGUAAUGACCUUUUAGCUUGCUUUAUCAGACAAAUCGUGCAUGAAGUGCUUUAGCCCUCAUAAGGGAAAUAAUACUUCUAUAAGGGAUUACAGGCUUUGUAUGACUGCAUUAGUGAACAAACUUUAUCAGGCACCCCAAAUAGUGAUGGGUUUUGAAUGUACCUUGGUGAUUCAAAUACAGUUUUACCAUUCAAA